AUGCUAUCACCCGGAGCAACAGGCCUCCACACCCCCACGCAACCAGCAGCCGGCAGUGAUGACCUGCAGCUGAUCCGCAGACCUGCUGGCCCGCACAACUCUAACGCCAUGGCGGCUCCACCACCACGCCAGAUCCAUCCACCUCGCCGCCAGCAGGCACCGACGAGCCGUAUCGGUCGAGAUGACCAGGUUCGGCGACCCCCAACUACAGCACCGUCGCAGAGGCCACCAAAGGCCGGCGAGCAGCAGGCCCGCGAGCGGAGGAUCCACCAAAAGGCCAGAAGGGGGGCUCCACCCCGCCCCGUCUCGCCGACAGGACCACCGGGCCGCAGCCCAGGAGCCCAACGACGCCGUCACCACGGCCGCCACCCGCCGGUGACGCAACCUUGGAGAACCCAGACACGGAAGCCGCCGCGGCGCCCCGCAGAAGAGGGCCAAGCCUCCCUCCACCAGUCGAUUUACGAGCCGCAGAUCGAAAGGGCCAGAACAGCUAGAGAUACAAACAACAAUGAUUUAUUAGUUGUUGAUCAUGUGCGCUCCCCUUAG